UGAAGGAUAAGAGGAGUGAAAGAAACCCGGAAAGAAACGAUUACGCGCCAAAAUGUGUGCAGCGCAGACAAAUGCUCCGGCCAGUUUUAAUUACGCGUGGGGCUUCCAGGAGAACCAGCGGUCCGACUCGGUGGUGGAGAUCAGUCCAAACAUCAACUACACUGUCGGCGAUGGAACGGGCGCGAUGCCAUACUUGCAGCUUCCGGACGGGGCUAGCAUUUUGCUGAAGGAUGGAAAGGGUGCGAUCUCGCACGCCGGCAGCAAAGGCGUCCGGCGGAUGAUCCUCGUCAACGAUGCGUCCGCGCUACCACAAGGAACGCAACGGAUAAUUACCACCGGCGGUACUGCGACAGCCGUCACUACGGGCCAUGCGAAGAAACACGAAGUCAUAACAAAUGGCCAGAUUGAUACGAAGACAAAGGCGAUCCUCACGACGGGCGGUGCCAGCGCGUUCAUGUCACCGAUCGGACCGAUACAGCUAACGGCAGAGGAGUGCAAUGAUAUAUUGAUGAAGCGGGCGGCUGCAGCAGUCGCUGCCAACAAUCAGCACGCCAUCACCAACAACAACGAUGGUCAACAUACCUCAAUUUCAGUGCAAGUGCAGAAAGUAAUCCAAGGGCUAGAGGAGGGCGACGAUUCACAGGCCACCACCUCCAACCAUCAGAUGAAGAUAGAACCAACGCUAAGCAUUUCUCCUAAGCUCGAAGCAGUAGAAAUGGAUUAUAACGAAUACGUCCAGCAGGAAGCAACCACGCCGACCCCGAACGUGGUCCCAAAGGAGCGUCCGUACUCGUGCGAGCAGUGCGGUAAAUCGUUCCUCCUGAAGCAUCAUCUAACGACCCAUGCGAGGGUUCACACCGGUGAACGGCCACACGUAUGCGUCCACUGUGGCAAAGACUUUGCCCACAAGCACUGUCUGAACACACAUCUGCUGCUGCACUCGACCGAGCGCCCGUACCAGUGUCAGGAGUGUAAGAAGAGCUUCACGCUCAAACAUCACCUGUUGACACAUUCGAGAGUACACUCGCGCGAACGGCCGUUCGUGUGCGAUCAGUGCGGCCGAUCGUUCCCGCUGAAGCGCCAUCUGGUGACGCACAGCAAGUUCCACGCGGGUGAGCGGCCGUACGUGUGUGCGGACUGUGGGGAAAGCUUUGCCCAGGACGAACAUCUCGUAAUGCACUCCCGGUUCCAUGGUUCGGUAAAUCCGUUCCAUUGUCGCGACUGUGGUGCUACGUUCCCGCGCAAAUUUCAGCUGGUAAAUCAUGGCAAGAUACACGGCCGUGUACCGCACUCGUGCACGCUUUGUGGCAAAGAGUUCCUCCAGAAGCGCACCCUAGCGGCACACAUGAGAAUCCAUACCGGCGAUCAGCCAUUCCCGUGCAUCGCGUGCGGUGAAGGGUUCCGCACCAAAUCGGAACUGAACGCACACAACCGUCACACGCACAGUGGUGUAAAUCCAAAUUCGUCCAAUACCACCAUCAUCACGACCAACUCGGUCGUGACGUCGAAUGCCCAGCAACAGGCACAGGGACAACAGCAGCAACAGCAGCAGCAACAGCAACAACAGCAGCACCAACAGCAACACAUCGAGGUGAAACAGAUCCAACACUAUCAGGGCCAACAGCAGCAGGUGCAGGAUGUGUCGAACGGUAACAUCAUCACGACGAUUGCUGCCACCGGCCAGGGAUCGCCUGAAACAUCGUCAAAGCCUCAGUACGCUUGUCGGGAGUGUGGCAGUGCGUUCAACAGUCGGGAAGCGUUGGCACUGCAUCUGCGCCUUCAUACCGGUGACAAGAGUCUCAUGACCGAUCUGUGUGCGCUGACCGCGGCAAUACCGGGUCAUCUGUUCCCGGCCGUUAAUCAAGAAUUGAAAGUAGAGUACCCGAUGGUUGGCAACGCGGUGAAUGGCGAUACGAUCAUGGCGACAAACCCCGUAAUACAAAACUCUUCCUUUCCAGUACAAAUAAUUACCUCCUCGGGUCAGGUUGUGCAGCAGCUGCAACCCCAAAGCCCUCCCCAACAGCAGCAGCACCAGCAACAGCAGCAACUUCAACAGCAGGUAGUGCAGCAACAUCAGGCCCAAACCGUAGUGCAACAGCAGCAACAAAACCAACAGCAACAGAUUCAGCACCAGCAGCAGCAGCAACAACAGCAGCAGCAGCAACAGCAACAACACCAGCAACAGCAGCAGCAAAGUGUUGUCGUAGCACAAAACAAACCUAAAUCCCACUACUGUACCCACUGUGGUAAGGGAUUCGCUGCCAAGCACGGUCUAAUGCUGCACAAUCGCCGCCAUCCGAACGGUGGCUGUACCGUACGAACGCACGUGUGCGAGUGCGGUAAGGCAUUCUUCCAGAAGAACCACCUGAUGCUUCACCAGCGUCAGCAUCUGGAGCAGAACCAACGUACAGGCGGGGGAGCGGCUGGAGCCGGUGCGGGAGGUCAGGCUGGUCAGCAGCAGCAAGCGUCCGCCGGUCAGCAGCAGCUGGUUGUGAUUCAAGCUACCAACCAGGAAUCGAUGGUGCAGCAACAGCAGCAGCAACAGGCAGCUGUAGCCGCCGCACAGCAACAGCAAGCGGCUGCUGCUGCCGCUGCCCAGCAGCAACAUCAACUGCAGCAGCAGCAAGCACAGCAGCAAGCGGUAGCAGUGCAGCAGCAGCAGCAACAGCAGCAAGCCCAGCAGCAGCAAAACCAGAACAAUCAGCAUGCGAUGCGCAAUCUGGUGAUUGCGAACCAGCCCGUGCAGGUAUCUUAUGUCCUGGAGGGUAACACGACCCAGGUAAUCAAGUACGAGAUCAUUCACGACACGUCACGCCAGUCGAACGUUGAGUGAGAAGAGGCGAUGCUCCGUAUAACCAAACCGGACGGUACGGAGGAAAUGAAGAAGGUAUUCAUACUGAAGAACGAGAUGGGAUGAAAUUU